AUGCUGAUUAUCGAGCAGAACAGGCAGCAACUAUAUGAGCAACAGUUAAGGCAGCAGAUGAAGAUGAUACAGAAUCAGCAGCAAGCAGGACCCGUGGACCAGGUGACCGCAGGGCUUCUCAACGGAGUCGGGUCGCAGCCCCUCGCUGGCGUGCAGCUGGACCCUCAAUCGCAGCUCCUUCAGUGUCAGCAGCAACUGCUCCAGCAGCAGAUCCAGCAGCUGAAUAACGAGGACGCUGCCAUGAAGCUUCUGCAACAGAACUUCAUGCAGGCUAGGAUAUCGCCUUCCAUGGCUGCCGACCAGCAGCUUCUACAGAACAAGGUGUUUCUUGAACAAAACUUGAAACAACAGGUAAUGAUGGAGCAGAAUCUCAUCAACCAGCAAAUGCUGGAACAGUCAGUCCAAGGCCAGGUUCUAAUGGAGAAGCAAGUUCAACAAAAUCUUCUUGAGCAAGUCCCUUCACAGACACAGUGGCAGCCGAACCUCUUGAACCAACAGUUAACCGCCGAGAUCAAUACCCAGAACCAGGUGUUGCAACAACAAAUAAUACAGCAACAACAAACUAUCAUUGCUCAGCAAGCCGCCGCCAUACAGCAGAAACAAUUCGAAGAACAACUCACAGCGCAAGACAAUAUGAUUGCAGGUCCCCAGAAUCUCGUCACUGGCCAAAUGUUAGAUCCCUCCUUACAGAACCUGCAAACUAUUUUAUCACAAAUCAUACAAAGACCCGACACGCUACAAUCUAGGAAGGAAUCGGAAUCUGAAACUCAGCAACAGCAGCAACAACAGCAACAAAUGACACAACAACCGACGGAGAACGUCGACAUGCAACAGAACCAGGAACAAGAGGCGCUGCUACAGAUGCAGAACUUGGUCAACUCGCAGCUGCAGCAACAGAAUGUCAACUACCAACACGGCCAGCAGUUCUCGCAACCGUCGCAGCAACCGAACAUAGAUCCCACGUACCUCGCGCAGCACCAGCAAGUGGCGCAGGCGCAGCAGCAGGUCGCGCAGGCGCAGCAACAGCUGGACGUGCAGAAGCAGGUCCUGGCGCAGCAACAGCUGGCGCUGCAGCAACAUCUGCAGCAGGCGCCGCACCACGCGCGCGCGCUGCAGCCGCAGCAGCACUACCUGGCGCAGCAGGCGCUGCAGCUGCACGCUCGCCAGGACGCGCUGGCGCACGACUGGGCCACGCUGCUGCAGCGCCGCACGCUGCUGGAGCAGCUAGACCAGCGCUCCUGCCGCCGCCAGGACUCCGAGCCCGACCCAUACCCGCGCCCGCAGCUGCAGCAACAGCUGUCCGUGGACCGCAUGCAGGGCCAGUCCAUGCCGCACCACAACUUCGGUAUGGUACGCCAAAACGAGAGGCAGAUAUCUAGUCAUGAAGGCACCCCGGUGCAGAAUUAUUCCGCCAAUCCUUUGCAAAUGUACCAGCCGGCGCAGAGCCAGCCCGUGAUGAUGCAGAACAUGUAUCAGACCAACCAGAUGGAGUCGUCAAUACCUUCAUCUGCGGCGGCCGGCAUGCAGUCGGUCCAGGACGCGAUGCCGCAGCAGAUGCCGGUGCAGGUGCCCAUGUCCGUGCCCCAGCCGAUGCACUCGGUGCCACUCCCCAUCCAGCAGUCGCAGGUUCCGCAACAACAACAAUUACAGCCCAUACAACAAGUUCAGACGAUACAGCCUCAGAUUCAACAGAUGUCCCAACCGGUUCCUCAGUCUCAGCCACAACCUACGCCGGUUCCUCAUGCCCAGCCUCUUCAGCAGCAAGUCCAGUUACAGCCGGACCUUGUACAACAGCCUCAGCAGUUGAACCUUCCAGCAGACCAAGUGGAGAAUGGGUACCAGAGUAACGGUGGACAAAAGGAGCAAUUCCACACUCCGUUGACGGAGUUCCCGACGAACCAUGCCGAGGCUAUCAAACAGCCUGAGCUCAGCUCUGUUGAGGAGAAACAGGCGGAGAUUCAGCAACAGGAAGUGGGUACGGCCAUAUCAUCUCCAAUAACAAGCGAGAAGAAGUCCCGUGGCUCGAAGAAACGUUCCCGGGAGAAGGACAAGCUGCCGAAACUGACGGUGCUGGAGGUGAAUGAGGCAGCCACCAUGGUAGAGUGCCAGCUUGAGUCUAAAUCCAAGACCGUCACCUUCAAGUUUGACGUGACUGACGUCAAUCCUGAGGAAAUUGCUAGCAACCUUGUGUCAAACAACUUACUCCCAGAAUGGCAGAGCGCUACGUUCAUGGAGCUGAUCAAAGACAUCGUGAAUCAGCUCAUUACCAACCCUGGAGUCACCCCCGUACUCAACCCCGCGCACCACUCUGCACUCAGGCUCAAUAUUGACAAGACUGACUACGAUUCCGAAACGACUGAACGCGAGGAAAACCUGACGGAUUCUAACCAGGACAACUCGGAGUGUACGACGCCGACGGCCAGCCAUGACAACAUCGCAGCCGAACUCGCUUACGACCAGCCCGAGUCUGAGCUCGGCACCGCCCCCGCGCAACCGGGCCCCACCCCCGCGCAACCAGGCCCCGCCCCUGCACAACCAGGCCCCGCGCCCGCGCAGUCGGGCCCCGCGCCUGCGCUGCCCCAUGCACCGCAUGGUGACACCGUCGCCAGGAAGAUUAGCACUGCCUCGUCUAUAGGUUCUAAUCAAUCGGACGGCGGGUCGAUGGCGCCCGAGCGUUCUGGCAGCACGGAAUCGCAGAGCGGCGAAAAGAAACAACAAAAGCCAACUCGAAAGAUAUCACGAUUUCUAGUCAGCCCCGUAGUCGACCGCGGGGAGAAUGUCCCAGAAGAAAAACCAAUACCCGAACCCGCGGAACAUGUAGAACCUCAAGUCAACGGUCUCCCAGAAAAGGAACCUGCCCCGCUCCCCCCACAGGAAUUUGUUCCUACGCACCAGUAUUCAGUAGCACCGCAGAUUCAGCCUCCCGUAGAUCUAAGACCCGACGUCCAGUCUAUAGAAAGGCCAAUAGAAAUGAAGCAAGAAGUGCCAGUCACAGUUACUAUGGUUCUUCCCCCAAUAGUUUCUAAUAUUUCGAGCGUGCCACAAGUGCCUGCUCAAAAUAUUAUUAAUCCUAUGUUAAACUCUUCUAAUGUACAACCUAACCUAACAACACCGUUGCAAAUAGCCACAGAUACCCCCUUAUUGGGGUUGAGUCAGGUCGGGACCCCAAUGGGCGUGGGAGGGGAGCUCGGCUUGAACAUGGGGCUGCAAGGGGUCGGGCUGGCCAUGUCAGGCCCCACUCCGGGGGCCAACGACGCGAUGCCUAAUGCUGAGAAUAUACAGAGGAUGUUGUUGAAGCAAAAUAUUAUGAAUCAGCAGCAAAACCUCUCCGGGCCUAACCUACUCGGAUUACUGAACCAGCAAUCGUACCCGCAGCCAGACAUCGGCCUGCACAACAACAUACUCAAUAACACACAACCUGCACCUAUGAUGGCGGCGCGCCUGCCUCCUCAGUACCAGCAGCCCAAGUACUACCAACCGAUGCUGGCCAACGACUUCAUUGCUCAGCAGCAAGCCCUGCAAUCGUCAGUGAACCAGUUGGCCAGUCAGCAGAUGUCUCAGCUCGGUAUGAUGGGGCUGGCCACGCCGCUGGCUCCGCAAGCUAUCGCCUUCCAGCAUCAAAACAUUGCACAGAAUUUAGCACUCAACCAGAAUCUUAUGGGGCAGAAUCUAGGACAGAAUCUGGGGAAUUAUACAGGUCUAGCAGGUCAAAACUUAGGAUUAGGUGGUCAGAAUCUCAUUGGUGGCCAGAACCUGGCGCUAGGGGGACAGAACUUGUCCCUGGGAGGGCAGAAUUUAGGAAUUAUCAACCAGAAUCUGGGACAGCUAGUGGCCCAACGCGCCGUGCACCAUGCGCUGGCUAGAAGGGCCGUGGACAUGGAUAUGGCAGGCAUGACUGCAGUGAACUCGACGGGUUCCUCCCAGCCGAGCACUCCUAACAAGCCGCAGUCGUACAGCGAGUACAUGCUCACGCUGCAACACAAGCUCGCUUCCAUAUCCAAUAGCGGCCCUGUCUCCCCGCAGUCUCCGCUGGAGUACAGCCCCGCACUGUCGCCGACCCACCGGCCGGCCCUGCACGCCAUGCCCAAGUCGGAGGGCGCGGAGGCGGGCGAGGCGAGCGAGGCGAGCGAGGCGGGCGAGGCGGGCGAGGCGAGCGAGGCGGGCGGCGCGGCCAGCGCGGCGGCGCGCGGCACGCGGCACGCGGCGCAGCUGGCCGAGCUGGACCACGAGCUCAGCAAGAUCAGUCUGCACUACAAACACCCGCCGCCCAAGGAUGUGUUCAUAGAACACAACACGGACGAGCAUGAAAUGCUUACGGCGAACAUCAACGAUAGUGCAGUCAACACGUACGAAGAACUGGGACCGGAGUGGGAGUCUCGGUCGACGCGGUUCCGAGUGUCUCGCGCAGCACCCUGUCGCGGCUACGAGCUCUGCCGGCUGUUGCCGAAUGAUCACGGCAAAGAGAAGCUAGAUCUGCUUCAAAGCCAUCCUUACCCCGAAGGCGCGCUGGACGAAGUAUCCUGCGCGGACAAUAACUCGUCCUACGAGGAAGCGACGGCGGGUGAGACGUACGUCAUCACGGACACUCGUGCACAUACCUACCUCGUGCACGACGCUCUGGCGGACGCUGUCGCUACCAUCAUCGACCCUGGCAGGACUUCGCAUGAGAGUUCUCCGGGCCUAUGCUCUCCGGAAGAACGUCGGUGUGCGUCAGACGGGUCCCAGGGCUCCUCGGCGUCCGAACAGGCGUACCUGAUAGUGGACCCUUGGCGCUCGAUAACCUGCGCUGUCAUCGACCGAGCGUUACGGCUCACUGCUGACUCAGGGUUCACGCCUUUCUACGAAGCUAAAUACGCCGCCGAUGUCUCUACGAACAUCGAGUGUGUGCAGGCGGGCACGCAGGUGUCGGCUCGCGCGGAGUUGGCGCGCUGGCAGGUCCUCGGCGCGGCCGGCGAGGCGGUGCUGGCGGCGCCCAGCCAGGCCGUCCUGGCGGCUCCCGGCCAGGCAGUUCUGGCGGCGCCUGGCCAGGCGGUGUCGACGGCGCCCGAGCCCGCGUCCUGCGCCGCGCCGCUGCCCGCGCUCGCUGCGUCGCUCGUCACAUACGAGACUCUCACCGACAAAGCGGUGUGUCGGCAGGUGGUGCUGGUGUCGGUGCAGCCGUCCCAGUUAUGA